UCUCUUCUUUUCAAAUUUGAUCUCUGUCUAACUAGAAAAAAAAAGAAAGAAAAAAAAAAGCAAACUUUCUCAGUAUUCUUCCUCCUAGAGCUCAAAAAGCUCAAAUCUUUCAGCAACUUAACCGAAGCAAAAUCAUAAUGGAACCGGAAAAUCCACAACCUUCCGGAAGAGACACGCCGGAGAAGGAUCCGGCGCCGGCACAAACUGAAGACGAAUCUCGAGAAAGGGUUUCUGCAUAUGACCUAAUGGUAGUGGAGGGUGAUUUAAAGGGGGUUGAUAAAAAAAAGGAGGAAAUGCAUAAAAUCCUAGACCAGAUUCACGAGAAAGCGUCAUCAGUUCUUGAUUCAUCGCUACGGUCGGAAGAAAUCGACAAGCCGUUUGAUUUGCUAAAGCAACGAGCCAUGGAAGUGGAUUUGAAGGAGGAGUCUGUAAGGAAACAGAUUCUGGAUCUGGAUAGGAGGAGAAAGGAAGCUGAGCUGAUGGAAGCAUCUCUUAAGGAACUUGAAGCGAGGGAGAAUGAGCUCAGGUUGCUUAAUGAUACCAUCAGAGAGAAAUCAGCUGAACUGGAGAAGAAAGAAGAGAUUUUUGAACUGAGAAAGCUGGAAGAAGCCAUAGAGGUUGAUGUGAAGAGGAAGUUUCUUGAGUUAGAAGAACUAUCAAUGCAAGCAGGGACUCGGAAGAGACGUAGGCUAGAAUCUGGGCCUUCACUGUUGACAACGAAUGGUAGAGCUGCUGAGGCUCUUGGACAACACAAGCAUAAUGAUGAAGACAUGGAAAAAGAUUCGGCUACUACAUCUUCUCCUGUACAAAUAAGUGAAGCACAUGAAAAAGAUAUUGAAGAAGUUUUUGUCUCCAUUGAGGACAGUGAUGAGGAACAUGAGCCAUUAUUGUGUGUUGAUUCAGAGUUUGCAGAUUUCAGCAAGACGAUGACAUCUUUCAAGGCUGGUCAAGUAUGGGCUCUAUACGAUGGUAUAGAUUCUAUGCCUAGGUUGUAUGGUCGAAUCAAGAAAAUUAAUAAACGUGGGACGAGUCUUCAGUUGACAUGGUUUGAACAUAAAGAUGAGGAUUCUGUUCCUGCUGCUUGCGGGAGGUUCAAAGUAGGGAGUACAGAAACCAUAAGCCAGUUGACCUUUUCUCAUGUGAUGAAUCCCAUCAUACAUAGCAGACACUUCAUCGCUGUGAUUCCAAGGAAAGGAGAAACGUGGGCUCUUUUCAGAGACUGGAGCAAAAGCUGGAACAAUAACCCGGAACAGCACAGGCCUCCUUAUAAGUUCGACUUUGUGGAAGUUCUGGUCAACUUUGACGAUUGUCUAGGCGUUGGAGUGGCCUAUUUAGGAAAGGUUGAGGGAUUUGUAUCGGUCUAUGAACAAGCUGGGCAGCAUGGAGUCGUCUCACUCAUGAUCGCACCAGAGGAAAUGCAAAGAUUCUCCCACAGGGUGCCAUCACUUAAGUUAAAUGGAAAGGAGAGAGACGGAGUUCCCGCUAGUUCUUUCGAGCUAGACCCUGCUGCUAUCAUCAGUGUUCCACUCACGCCUGAUAGCUCUAUCAGUGAGGAAGCAGAAGAGACAGAAAGACAGAGCGAGGAUUGUGGUAAAACUGGUGAGGUUGAAGAUCAAGAUGGAUUAAGAAAAGAUUUCCCCAUUGUCUUAGAUUGAGGGUGGUCUAUAUUUGUGAGUCUGAUGGUCUUAGUUCUUCUAAGAUGUAGUAUUUUAGAUGUAGCUGAAGGUUGUAGAAAAUGGUACUGUGAUCCUUCUGUGAUCUGUUUGGACAUGUCUUUGUCUCUUGAAUGGUAACUUCAGGUGGAACCUUUCUUUU